CGGAGCUCCUGCCGGCAGCCCGGGUCACGUGUGCGGGCCGUAAUCCCGGAGAGGGGGUGUCGUUACCGGGGGAAGGGGGGCGGCGGGAGGAGGGGCUGCCGCCGAUGAAGGCUGAAGCCGGGUGCGCGGCCGGCUGCGGGCGCCGGAACCGCGGGCACCUCUGCGGCCAUGGCCUGGCCCUGCAUCAGCCGCGUGUGCUGCCUGGCCCGCUUCUGGAGCCAGCUGGACAAGUCCGACCUCUCCGUGCCGCUCACCAUCCACAACUACUCGGACAUCGAGGAGCAGGAGGACGGGGCAGCCCAGCGCGCCGGGCCCCCACCGCGGAGCAGCGUCCGCCCGCCGGCCCCCCGUCCGCGGGACGCCGCCGCCGGGAAGCCGAGCGGCCGCAGGAAGAGCCGGGCGGUCGCUGCUGGGGAGCCCUUCGCGGCGGAGACCCAAUACCGCCGGGACUUCAGAGCGUGGCCCCUCCCGAGGAAGGACGCCUUCCCCUGGGUCAGCGCCAGCAGCGGCGGUGGCGGCGGCGUGAGGGACGGGGCCGCCCCCCAGCCCGCCCCGGGCCGCUCCGCCUGCGCCCUGCCCGGCGGCGGCGGGAGGCCGGUGGCGGACGGCUACAGCGGCCCCGAGCAGCUCCGCCCGCGCUCGCAGGCGGACGGCGGCCACACAACCUCCUACAGGCAAGAGUAUCGCCCAUGGACUGGAGCAAAACCAUCAAAGCCUAUAAAGACAAAGCAAGGCUUUAUUAUUCCAGAAGACCAUUUUGUUCAAGAGACAAGCUACAAAGCAGAUUUUAAGAUCCCAGAGGUGAAGACCAGGUUCUCCCCCAACCCUUCUGCUGUUUUCCAGGCACCAUCAAGGAUCCUCAACAUGUGAACGCGGACCCUCCUCACACCCAGGCAGCUUAAACACAGCGUUUCUGUUAGGAUGUAUCACUAUGCAAUUUUCAGGAGGAGUGUUAAGAUCAAAGAACUGGUAUUAUCAAAAGCAGCUCCAGUGAUUAAUGGUAUGCACGCACCCUUUCUGUUAACACAACAAACCACCAAGCGCUCGGUUCAGAGCUGGCAAAACACGCUGCGAGGAGUGACCUAGUUUUUGACAGGAGCAGGUUCAUUACUAUGCCAGCUGGCGUCUCAUUAGGAGAUUGACUUUGGGCAGUAAAGGCAGCAUUGCAGGCAACAGCUCUGUGCUUAACUACACAGGGAAAACAAUCACGAGUGGGAUGGCUAAUUAAAACCAAAAAAGAGUUUUAUUUAGCAGCACACUCUAAAUAGGCCAGUAACAGACAGGGAGUGUCCAGCUGACUUCUGAGCUUCUUAAGCGGGGUUAGGAAAUAGACCUCACCUGGCGUCACCAGAAAUCAGACCCACCCAGGGGGCUGCUCUGAACUUCCAACAGAGGAACUCAUCAUUGAACUCUAAAAUAAAUCUGGCACAUGCAGUUUCUCGGGGCUGGAAAAAUUGAUAUUUCCAAAACUGGUGGGCAGAUGGAGGAGCAAGAGGGGACUGAGCUUUGGGAGACAGCCCUGACAGCAGUGCAGCAGCCUGGUUCAGAGAGGAUUGCAUGGACACAGUCAGGCACCUACCAGGCUCCAGAGGAUCUAAGAUGCUUAUGUAAUUUGUACAGCUGUUAGGGUGAGUGUAAAUAUUGUAUAUGGAUUUUACCUAGAGCAAUUUGUGAUCCUUUAAUGAAAAGGAUAUGCUUAUACUUUUAAUAAAUGCUAACUCUUUGCAUAUGCAAGGUGGAAAAAUAUUGCCUUGGAAUUCCUAAAUUAUUGCCUGUAUAUUGAUAAUGCUAAUGCUAAGAACAACCAGAAGUGAAUGUUACUUAGAAACUCUUCUUAAAGAAAAAUGUAAUGCAGAAUGUAAAACAUCCUUCAUUUUGAAGACAGGCCAUUUUGUCAUUGUUCUGAAGCUGAUUUUUUUAGAUUGGUGUGCAUUUAACUCUUGCUGAGGUACAUGUGUUUUAAGAAACCAUUUUUUACCCUUUGUUCAUCAUGGCUGUAGUGGGUUUACAGUUUCUAUCUCAACAACUUAUGCAAUAUAAUUAGCCUACUGCUUAUUUCAUGGGUUUACCAAUUAUUGAGGGGGGGGAAGGAAUUGAACUUUCAUUUUAUAUGUUUGCAACACACAGAUGUGUUGGCUAGAACAAAAGGAAACUAUUCUGAGACUUAACAGUGAUGGGAUAUUCAUUCAUCUGUAAUGAAACAGACUUCAACGCAGGGGGAUUUUUUUUCUUAACCUUCCUGCUAGCCGAAGUUUAUGGCAGAUUUAAUGAACUCUGGGGACUCUGCAAGGACAUCUGCAUUGCUGGUGAUUCCCCAUCAGAACAAUUUUGUAACUGUUGGCAUGUGGAUUGUAUUUGGAAUACGUGCAGAUAUCCUCUUCUCACUGCAUCGUGUGAGAAUGUAGUGGUGCCCCCUCUGUUGGCUCUGCUAGCAAGGCCAAACACAGCUGUGAGACUAGGUAACAUCUGCAGUAAGCUGUGCAUUGUAGGGACAAGGGAUGGCACUUCCCCAUUCAUCCUUGGACCCAGAGGAACCUACAGUAAUACCAGUGCUUGCCAAAAUAAUUUUUCAGGAGAUUAAUUUUUCAGGAGAUUAAUUUGAAACACUCAACCUGUACUAAAGGUUUUGCAUGUUAGAUGUUUCUAAGAAUUCAACCUGCUUGUUUAAGCUCUUUAUAAUGUUUUUAACAGUUUUGUUCAAACAAUGCAAGUUCCUUUUGAUCCUGGAUUUUAUUAACAGGGGGGGGAAAAAAAAGAGAGAGAGAAAGAGAAACACAGGAUAAAUUGCCUAAUCAGUUGCUGUUCUUAAUUUACUGUAUUUCUUUAAAAAAACCCAAACCAAACCAAAACAACCCAGUUAUAAACAAACUGGGAAUAUAUUAAGCUUGUAUUUUAUCAAAUGGAGUGGAUUUAAUUUAAUAAAUUAAAAUGUAUU